AACGCACCAACUUGUUUGAGGAGCGAUCCGUUUAACAUAAUGCGUAAAGUAGUUUAAUUCGCAAGAUCUCAGGAUAAGUUCCUUUUCUCUUGCAGUAACUACUUUGUUCGAAACAUCAUCUUGGCUUCACGUGCUUGCUCUUGAAGACUAGGUCAAAAGUUACGUUUGCUGAAUUUGAUCAAAGCCGAUCUUUCAGAGGUAAUUUAGACUACCACAAUAGACCGCGGAGUACCCAAAAUUAAUUAUUUCUCGUAAUUCUCAGGUCUUUUCUCUUUCCUGUAAGUAAUGUUAGAGUUAAGAUUUAUGACGUUAAAAUUAAGAACUGUAAUUUUAGAAUUAAGAUCUGAUCUGAAGGGUCUGGAGAGCCCUUUGUGCGUCAGUAAUCAAUUUUCCUUGUAGUUAAAGAGAACAACAUUUUUAGCCAAGCUAGUCCCAUCGAUCAAUAUAUGAGGACAUCGCUGAACAGUAAAUUGGAAGACCACUCCAUGAUCUAGUGUUAGAUGCAAUCGAUGCUUCAUCAUUUGAAUAACCGGCUGGUCCGGCUCCAGUUGCAUGCAGUGCAGUUGAUUUCAGACAGCCCUCAAGGCUUAAAUGGGUUUACAUCACUGGACACUUCACUUCACUAAUCUCGAGAGAAGAGACUCUCUCGUGAUGGCACGUAUACCUUGAACUCAACCCAAAAGCUACAAGUUUAUUUAGUUUACGUGACAAAAGAACGAGGUAUCUUGCGUGAAGAGCAUCUCAUCUUAAGUGUUCAUAAGCUUAUCUUUCAAAUGUCUGCAUUAAAGAUAGCAAGGAAGCACAUUACUAUUUGCACGACACCGUGAAUUUUUACGUACGUAUGCACUUGAGAAGGUUCGGAGAGCGGACUUUGAUUACUCAUUGUUACUUUAUAUGAGAAGAGGUAUGUGCAAAAUGACUCAAUCAAAACUGAACCUGACUAACCAACUCGGUUUCAAAGUUUAAGACUGUUUUAAAAGACGGCAAGCUACUUCGUUUUUCGUCAUCUACGAUCACGUAUUUGCUUUUCAACCCAGUCUUGAGGUCUUUGUAUUCAACUUGCAGUAUUGUCUAUAAGUUGCAUACGUCUAACUGAGUAUUGUCUGAAUUAUGAUAUAGUUAUACAGAAAUCCUUGCAGUUUUGGAUUCACAACCGAGCAAUAGACUUGCAAAUUACUCAUUUUAAAACGUACGUGCCAUUUAUAAAUUUUGAUACUACACUAUAGACAGUAAAAUUCCGAGCCCAUGACUCUGCUAAAAUCUUGUUUACAGUAACUUGGCAUGUCAAGUGACAUGUGUCCUGACUCAUACUCACUUACCAUGGCAAUUGUUGCAAAAGUUUGACAGUCUAGAGAGAUGGAAUGUUUUUUUUUUAACUUCGAUAGAUAUCAUAGCGGUGUCGGUAUUGAAUAAUUAAAGAAAAGUAAAAAAAAAAUGAUUUCAAUAUCAAUAUUCGUUACCCACAGCACGAAGGGCUGUCAAAGCAUGAAUGCUUUGAGCUAGCAAGGCUUCGAAGUUUGCUUUGGAUCGUCAAUGGUCAAGAUAAAUUCUCACACUAUCUAUUUUCUUCUUUACAGACUCUAAUUCCGAAAGUGAUGUCGUCUGUUGCAGUAGCCGCAGUAUUUACAUUCUGUUUCCUGUGUUUCAGACUCACUGUCAGCCGUAAGUUUCUCGAGUUGAACAAAACUAUAUGAUUUAAUGUACUUGGCUUUCUCUGAUAAAUUCGACGAGGUAUUUUAAAACGAUUUCAGUCUAUCUAGUCAGCAUUUAAAGAGACUUGUCCGAAAAUAAUAAAAAAAAACAACCAGAUGAUAUCCAUAAAAUCUUCUUUCUGGGGAAAAGGGUUUGAAGUAGGGGAGGGGAGGGGAGGGAUAAAGAAAAAGAGGACCUUGUUCCCUUCCCCAUCCCCAUCGUUUUACGUGCGCCUUUCUCCCCCUUCUCAUAAGUUUCAAUAAGGUCUCCGUAAAGGCAAAGUCAUUUGUGAGAAAAGAAAAUUUACAUAGCUUAAAACGUUCGCAGUUUACUAUCUUGUAACUGCUGCUUUGUCCGUGCUAGAAAUUAAAAAGACACCUCUCUCUUUUAGAAACAAAAUUUACAAAGGAGCCUCCUAGUACCGUGUCUGCAGGUUUGGGAUCCAGUGCCAUAUUUUCGUGGGAUUUCAGUUUUGGAAACUCGGGUGACUGGAAUAAUUUCGAAAGAAUCGUAUGGGGGGAAACGGAUAAAAACGACCGGAUCCUGGAUAAUUACAUCACCAUUUGGAAAAGCGGAUCAGUUAAGAAAAACCCAAAACUCGACAACUCAUUCAAAUCUAGAUUGAGCUGGGCCGGAAAUAUCAGUCAACAUGGCGGUCUGUUUGAUUUCAUCUUCAAGAAUGUCACAAAAUCAGAUGAAACUCGCACUUACGGUUGUACAGCGUAUGUGUUUGGGAUUGGUUACAGGAGUGGUCCAAUAAAACUGGCCGUUCUCAGUGAGUAUGAGCAUUCUCAAUUAUUUUUCGGUGUUAAAUUUCAACCAGAUAACUUGGUUUUAUCAUUCACUCUGACGAAUGGCUAACACUCAAAACGUCAGUUUUAGAAAUUGUUUUCGGUGGCUGAUACGCUUUAUGGACUCAGUCUAUAAAUAGAGAAUAUUACAUGGGUGCGCGUAGAUAUGGAAUUUCUCUUCGAGAUAUUUUCCAAUGGUCGAUUUUUGUUUUCAGCCGCGAGAAACUAAACGACAUUACUAAAGCCACUGAGUUCGUAACUCUCGGUUUUUCCUUUCAUAUUUUGGUUUUCUUCCAUUUCUAGGAAACUUUGAACGUCACUGUCUGUAAGCGAUACGAAUUUUUCAGUGUUUUAGCAGCCAUAAUCGUGGCGCGAAAGGCGAGUGAUGUGUCUCAGCUGAUUGGCCGCGGCUUCAAACACACGUGAAAAAUUAUCGUAUUUUUUUCACGUGUGUUGUUACGGCUUUUAUCAAGGCUGGACUUCCUUUAUAUCAUAGCAGUUUAUAUGAUAAACCCAAAUCAUCAUUGUAAUACACAAUUUCUUUAGAAACCUAGCCCUUUUAUUCUAACUCGAUAUUUCGUACUCUUUUCUCGUGAGUGGAGCGGAGUUGAAGUAAAAUAUUGCGUGACGUUCUAAAGUAAAUGAUAAGACCGACCAUAUUUUGCUAUUCCCUCGUUUAAAUUUGUUUCAGUUCCACCGACCAUAACCCAUCAAUCCAAUAAGACUAUUGAUGUUGAAGAAGGAGUUAACGUCACACUACAUUGUGACGCAAUAGGUGACCCUACCCCAAGUGUCCUAUGGGUUAAGGAUGGUAAAACGCUACAAAAUGGUACCUCAACGCCUACGCUUCAAAUUCUAAGAAUAGAAUUGCGAGAUGCUGGAACUUAUGUCUGCACAGCCGCAAACCAAGCUGGCUCCACGAGUUACAGCGUUCAAGUGAGGGUCGUACGAUGUAAGUUAACUGAAAUUAACUCCUUUUCUCAGAAGUACAUUCAAUACUCAUAUCAGUUUGUUCAAAUCCUUCACAGAGUAAGGGUUUAAGUAUGUACCCGUGAGUCAUAGAAACAGGAAAGGGGAUUAAAGCAGGCAUAUCAUGUGCUUUGCGCUUUUGCUAACUUUAAAAGAUUGAAAAAGACGUGGUAGAGCAAUUUCAUGUAAAUUAAGAGAAUUACAUUUUCACGAGAAACUUCACGGCACGUAGACCCCCAUCGAAACUUUCAUUACUUGCUGUUACAUUUGAUGCAUGCAGCUGAAAAUUUUCCCGAUGUUUCUGAUGAUACCAUGAGCUCUAACUACAUUUUAAUAAUCGCAAAGCCGAUAAACUUCUUCACAUUGGACUCUUGGGAGUCUGGUUUCCAGAGUUACCUGGGACCUCCUCCUCACCCUCGUAAGAAGUAGAAAAGUGGCGGUCAAUAAUAACAAUGCAUUGUGGGAUACUUCAAAACCAUCAUAGGGAGCCGAGAUAGGAUAUCUCUAUCAACAAAAUCGGUCUAUCCCCCACCCCGUCCAAGCAUUGUACCAUUUUUUGUUUCUGAAACAAAUUCUUAUUUCAGAUAAACCUUACAUUAACAAGACAGCAACUACAGAUCCUCUUAUAAAAUCCUGGAUUAACCACACGACAACCUUAAAGUGUGCAGUAGAUGCUAAUCCGUCUGCAAAUUUUACCUGGUUAAAACAUGGUCAACCAAUCUUAGCUGGGGUUAACUUCAUGCAUGACAUGAGUACACUAAGGCUGAUUCCAAAGACUAUGGGCGACUUUGGUUUGUACUCGUGUAAAGCUGAAAACGAGAAAGGGUCAAUGGUAUAUAAUAUUACAGUGGAGCGCCUCUGUAAGUGUUAACACUAUUAUUUACUUUUAGCUUUUUCUAUUUCUGUCACUGCUGAAAGUCUCCAAAAUACAUUUUAUAUUAAUUGUAAGUUUACCGGCGCUACGUUUUGGAAUUUACCUAAUCCACUUCCUGUAAGUUUCUAAUGAAAUUUCAUCGUUUUUCGAUGUUUCUUCGUAUUGCCAACACUGCUGCAAUACAGGACUAAGAGAGCAAAUCGUUCAAACAUCCUGAAGGAUUCCUUAGCAUUCCAAAGAGUUUGAGGCUCUUAUUUCUGAUGGUUUGGCCUCAUGAUAAGGCCUUAAAAGAAAGAAUUAGAGCAGGGUUUAUCUCUUGCCAGUUUUGUUGGACUUCCAUGAUCCUCAAGAGUGCUUUUCGACUGAAUAUCAUAAACCAAAAUGAUCAUUACAGCUAAUUCUGACAUGAAAGUGUCAGUAAGAAGUAGCUAAUGCUGACCAUGAAAGCGUCAAUAAGAAUCUAACGUAGGUGUGUGUUACUGGCUUUGAGCUUGGUCGCUGAUCUGAAUGGCUGAGAGGGGGAGGGCGUUUACGACCCCAGUCAGAAAACGCGGUGCAAUAAAACCAGAAACGACCCUUCAAAAUCAGUGAUUUCUUUCGGAAGGUAUUUGAAAAUUGCUCUGCUUCACCUAAGGUACAUGAUUGUUAACUUUUAUCUGUCAUGAAAUCAAUUUUACUAUUAAAUAUUUUUUUAGACUCACCGGGGCCGCCCGUAAUAAACAAAUUUACCUCAGACGUGCUGUCCGUCAAUGUGUCAUGGGAUGCACCACAAGACGACACUGAUGGUGGUAUAUUUGAUUACAAAAUUACAAUACUUGAGGAAAACUACCUAAUGACACAGCAGCAUCAUGGAAUUAAACAAACGUUCUUCAGCUUUCAAAAUCUGAAACAAAACAGAUCUUAUAUCGUUUUCUUACAAGCAAGAAAUAUUGUAGGUUAUGGAGAGUCCGCAAAUGGCACUGUUAGAACGCUUGAGGCAGGUAAGGAAUACGAAUUUUGUCAAUUAAACAGCUUGUCAUCGCCUGUGACAUAAACAGCUAGUACGUCAGUUAGUCAAUCGGCCAGAGAGCCAGCCAGCCAGCUUUCCAGUAAGUCAGCCAGUAAUUGUGAGUCAGUCAUACAGUCAGUCAGUUAGUCAGCCAGUCAGUCAGUAGGUCAAAAUAAUUUUGGUUUUAUCAACUGAGUUGGUAAUGUAAAUUGGCCACCGUAAAGAGUUUCAAAGCUGAAGUUUCAUGCGUUAGCCCUUCGUCAGAGCGAUAGACGCAGCAGAACAAUUUCUGCAGAAACUUACCCCCUCUAUUCACUAGUCAGUCAGCCAGUCAGCCAAUUAGUCGGUCAGUCAGUCGGUCUGUCAGUCAUUCAAUAAGUCAGUCAGUCAGUCAGUCAGUCAGUUGGUCUGUCAUUCAGUCAGUUAAUCGUUUAGUUUAACGUAAACAUUACUUAAGUCAGUCUUUCGUGGUAAGACAGAGAGUUUAAAUAGACAGACAGAAGAAAGCCAGAGAGAUGUCAUGAUGUAGUAGGUUCUGAAGGUCAAACUGGUGAUCAUUCAAUAUAGUUAUUCCGUUAUUCAGCUAUCCAGUCGGUUAAAUUAUCGCUCAGUCGGUCAUGGCAAACGAUCGCUCGGUCGACUACUGAGUCUGCCAUUCGAUCGGUCGGUCAGCCGAUGAGAUAAUCUGUUUCAGAGCAUACAGUAUAAACAUCCAGGCAGUUAGAAGAGUCUGCUCGGUUCCAGCUGUGUCGCAUUCAACUGGAAAGUCAAUUGAACAAGUCAGUAGUGUUGGAUCGAUCACUGAGCUUGUUGAACAACCUUAACACCUAUCUCAACUGCUGAUAACAAACCGAUAUUUCUUUUGCAGACCCACCAAACCCACCCGAUAUAAAAGCGAUAUCCAAAGUUCUUGCGUUAAACAUAACUUGGCACUCAUCAAUUGAGGACAGCAAAAUUGAAAUACUGGAUUACAGAAUAAAGGUUAUAGAUAGUAUCACACACAGACAAGAAAAUGAAUAUACCGGAAUAAGAAAUACAUCACUACUUAUUGAAAACUUAAGAAGAAACAAGACGUACAUUGUAUUCAUCCAGGCAAGAAACGAAGCUGGCUACGGACAGUUUGCAAACACCAGCGCAACAACUCUUCUACCAGGUGCAAUAAAUUGUCAUACAAAAGUAACGGAUAAAAAUUAUAUUUUUGGUAAAAAAUCGGCGGGGGAGUGGCUCGUCGACAAAGCCAAUAAACGAUAAAAAUCAAUAACAGCCCCGUAAAUCGUGUUUAACUGGAUCAGUUGCUUUAUUCAUCCGUUUUUGCCUGAAAUACACUGACUCUUAGAAUAGUCAUAGCAAUUUGGGAAAGAAAACAAAAUGGGUUGUUACCGUCCUAGAGCAGCUGCAUUCUACAUGUUGAUAAUUAUGUGGAGCCAAGUUUGUUUCCAUUUGAGUAAAUCAACCAAAAACGGCCCAGAUAGUUAGACCUUGAAUGAAGGAUCCCAGAAGAUCACGAGUCUAAUUUUCAUCCAGAGUGCUUAGCAUUUGACGAUCCUCUAAUCAUCCGACUUAGAAAACGCAAGCUAUGUUCUAUACCUUUUUAUCAUAAUACUUCAUAGGUCGAGUUCCUUCGUUAAGAUUGGUUUUCUCUCUAUUUGUCCUCGAUAUGCCAGGGCCACCAGACGCACCUUUUAUAUCAAACAUCAGUGUUGUUGGAAAACGCUGUUCACUGCAUUGGAGGACACCAUACAAUGGUGAAAGCCCGAUAAAGAUUUAUAUCGUGCAUCUCUGGGUACUAAUAACCGCGGCAAAUGGCUCAUCGCACAAGGAACAUUUGAGUUCCUGGAAUACUACAGAAAUGAGUUACGCUUUGGAUCUAGAUUGGGACCGAAACUACUCGGCGGCCAUAUCAGCUUGGAACAAGUAUGGCGAGAGUUUAGGGUUGUCUUUGAUGGAGAGACAAUUUAGCACUGCGAAAGAACCUGAAGGUAACUGAUACGUGUUGAUAAAGGCAUGUAUAACGUUAUUGAUUAAUUUAUUUUCAAGUAAGGUGGCUUAAGGUAAUGUCGCAUAGCAAAGACCUACGUGAUGUCUUCAACCUCAGAGAGCUGCGCUAGUCAAGAAACCAUCUAAAGCUCAAAAAUUGUGCUCAUGUAGAUCAAAUCUUACUUUUUCAGAAGAGAGCACGACAACAGAGUCCAGCGCUACCGUCACUUUACCGCACACUACGUAUUCCCCUUCAGAAGGUAGGGACUCGAAUACUGCCAAUCUUGCCUUUUAAGUCAUGAAGCCGUGUGAAAUAAAAACGUGGCAAAGAAUACAGAGCACCAAGUCACUUUCUUAACUUAAAAGAAAAAUGGCCACCCGUCCGAAAACCUGAAGAAUUGCUUGAGUGAAGGGGGAGCCUUUUGAUGCCUGAUGCCCUUGCUUUUUCAUCCACAUGGAGAGGCAAUAUUUCUCAUCGCUCAUUGAUGUAGAAAACUGUAGAUUAACAAGCUCAUGUACUAUAGUCCAACAAGUCGAGUGCAGACCUCGUUAACUGAUAGAAAAAUUUUUUUUAAAUCAAAUCUUAAUCUUUUCUUAAAUCAAAUCUCACUUUUCCAGAAGAAAGUACGACGGCAGAGUCCAGUACUGCAGUCACUUUACGACACACUACGUACUUCCAAUCAGAAGGUAGGGACUCAAAUACUGCUGAUCUUGCCUUUUAAGUCAUGAAGCCUUCUAGGCCGAGUGAAACAAAAACGUGGCAAAGAAGACAGAGCACCAAGUCACUUUAUUAACUCAAGAGAAAAAUGGCCACCCGGCUGGAAACCUGAAGAAUUGCUAGAGUGAAUGGGGGGAGGGGGUGAAGAGAGAGGGGGCCCUUGCUUUUCAUCCACAUGGAGAGCCAAUAUUUCUCGUCGCCUAUUGAUGUAGAAAACUGUAGAUUAAGUUCGUGUACUACGGUCCAAUUAGUCGAGUGCAGACCUCGUUAACUGAUAAAAAAUUUUCUUUUAGUGACAGUUGUCACUAAAUAAUCAUCAAAAAUAAUAAUCAUCAACAUAAUAAUCAUCAACAAUAAUAAUCAUCAACAAUAAUCCUAUUUCCGCGAACCAGCCACCAUUCCCAUCCCAGUCCCCAAUAAAAAUGUUGAGUAAACCCUUUAACUCCCAUGAGUGACCAAGACACAAUUUCUCCUUACAAUAUCAAUACGAUAUCAACCAGAUAAAUGAUGAGUAUAAAGAAAAAUAACAUUCAGUAAUCAGAGCUAUCCAUACCCGUUCUAAGACACAAUCAUCUGUAACUUUCUUAUAGGAUUAUCAAGCAGCACUGUAGUAUCUCUGACGGAGUUACCUGUAAUAACACAAGGUAUAUAUUUCACCCUUUUAAUGUCCAUAAGGUCUAGAAAUUUUUCGAGAACCGUUGUUUAUCAUGAUACAGAAAUUAAAAAAAAAAUGAAAUAGAUUUAUGUCUAUAAGUGUGUUAUCAGUUUUCGUAACGGUGCACAGAGAGGUCAAUUGAGUGCACGUUCUCUGUUCCUAUCAAGCGAUUUGAACAUCUAUCGUUUUCUUUUUAGACGAAUCUUACAUUAUAAUUCCGACUUGGAUCACUUCUUUUCCUCAGACUAUUUCCCUUACAGAUGACGACAGUUGCUCUAAUUAUUAUCUAGUGUUUAUCUCUGUUUGAAAUGAAUUUGAGAUGUUUUAAAUGAAGACUCGUUUUUUCUUUAAUUACUGUCUACUAACGCAUUUUUUCUACCUUUCUCAUUAAGAAUUAAAAGGAUCUAGCGCCGAGAGAAAAAGCGAAAAGGAUACGUUUACUUACCUUCUUCCACUGUGGAUUAUCUUACUGGCAUUCGCAGUGCCUAUAAUUUUUUUCCUGUCCUGGAAAGCAUCUAAAAAGAGUAAGUGGAUCUUUUAGGUGUCGAUUUUAGUAUAUACCACAUGACAGGUGAAUAGUGUUCUUUCGCGCGCAGUGAUUGGCUGGUUCGGAUGGGAGCAGUAAGUACUAUUCUAUUCCGAGCAGCCGAAGGGACAAAAUCGCCUGCCAACAAUUUAAUUUCCGACCAUUUUUGGUAUAUCGACAUAGACAAACAAAUUUUUUUGGUUUCUAUGCGGCAUAUACUAAAACCAUUAUUUGCUACGAUGUCGGUGAAAACAGUAGAUAUUUACUUCCAAUUCGGUUAUUAAUUGUUAGAUAGUACAUUUCGAAAAGUUAUCAUGAGACUGAAACCAAAGUAAUCAUACAGCGCGAAGGUUUGUUUCCAUCUAUUAAACAGUAGUGAAAACCAACAUCGAAAUCUUUGCGCACAUUUCAGUUGCUUAAAAAUUUUUGAAACUCUGGCCGUAAUCACGAGUAUUAAAAAUUAUCUAUGUCAGUGCAUUUUGUUGUGACGAAUAAUUAAAUUCUGAGGCUUUGCUGUUGUGUCUCAUAUCAAAAAAGAAGUAUGUAUGUUCUCCAAUGACAUCACUAGUUAUGAACAGCUAAAUAUUAGUAAAUAACAGCUUGAAUAAUCAAUUGCUUUUCAGUCACUCGCUGCCGCGGUCUGAAAGUGACAGAUUUUGACGGGUAAGUAUGCCAACCACGACAACCAGAUCUCCAUUGGUCUGAAAUAGACCGUUUUACUCAAUAGUAUUCUCGAAAACAUUUUGUCCUCCUUCCAAUAAAUAAUACACUCGCUUGACCGAGGCACAAACUGCGUUUCAUUAACGGUUUCACUUCAGCCAAUAUUACCGAGGCUUUCUUACAUGAAACAUAAUCAAAGCAAUGGUAUGUUUUCCCCUCGAAUUACUUGACAGAUUUUAAGAUGUAAGUAUACAAUUUUUUCUUGUGUUUAAUCUGCGUCGCUUCGCUGCGUUGUUCUUUUUCCAGAGCUUUGCACACGCCAUGCAUUCUCGUGAGUAAGAGCAUCGCCUUUUCGGGUUUUUUUUUCAUCUUCCACGUUCUCACCCCGUUCUUCGUCUUCAAAUCAUCACGAUCGACCGUUUACCUCUUUCUCUCUCUGUUUAUUUCUAUAGAGAUUGUGAGCAAGGCAAUGCAUUCUCGCUGAGUAAAAUGGAAAAACUGAAGGAAAGAAGGGUAAAUAUUUCUAGUAUUCUUAUAGGUCUUUCACCCUACGAAUAGUUUGCUAUGGCUUAAUAAUUGUCUCGAAUGAAGUGGAGUUAGUCUCCAACUCGCAAAACACGUGUCUUAAUCAGCGAUGUUACAAGGGCGUAGCAAGGGGGGUCCUGGGGUGCCCGUGCCCCCCCAUCCCCUUUGUUAGCCUUUCUUUGUCACAUUAAGUAAAACACAGGGUGGAGUACCCUCUGUGUGACACAGUAUGCCCCCCCCUCCUUCUGAAAAAACCUGGCUACACCCCUGUGUUAUGGACCAAAAAUUUAGCCGCGCCAUACUGUGGUGUGUAUAUGACUCCGUUGAUGAAAGUUAAUGCGAUCUUGUGAAGUAUUUCAAAGCCAUUUUUUUUAAAGGCUGAAUUGAAGGUAAACGGUAUUAAUUACCUAAUUCCAUUCCAGAUUUCCAAACACUACGAGACUUCAAUAGAAGAUUUAGAAGGGCAUCGUAAUCAUGGUCACUGCAUGGAGGACGAAAGUGUCAUAGACAAUGGGAACCCUGUGACAGAUCACCAACAGAUCCCAGGAAGCAUUGGGACGUGUGAUCAGACUUACGAGAAACCAGACAGUCCUGGUUCAAAACAGGUUAGAUGCAGCAUAGAAUCAAGUUAUAUCGACUAAAAAAUCAAUCACCGGAAAAAAAAGACUAUCACUUAAACUGCGCGACUUAUUGAGCUUCAAUUAUAUAUAUAUAAAUGAAUGUGGGGUUAGAGUCUACCUUGGCAUAAAGUGCUCAAUACUGUGGUAGCAGAGCUAAGUAUACGUAAGUUAAAGAAUGAAAGAGGACGCAUCGAUUCUAUGUGACUCAGAGUUUCGCGCCUAAGCGCUCGUCAGACAGAACUUUUCAUAUAUAUAUAUGUAUGUAUGUAUGUAGGCGUGUAUGGGUGCAUGUAUGCGUGUAUGUAUAUAUGUAUAUAUAUAUUUUAAUUUUUAACCGAAAAAACUCAGACUUCGCUUCUCAAGGGAUCCUGGACUUGAAGAAAAAUAAUUAGGCCCACCAAUCUCGCCAACACGUCACAUUAAGCUGAGAGUAAAGAUGAAUCAGCGCCCUCUUGAGCGAAGAGUUUCUUUUCUUUUUAUUUUCCAGGACUCCAUUGAUCUGACGAAAGAUGAUGCAAAACCCUUUGAGAACUUCCAAAUGGCGCUUAAAUGAAGACAAAGGCCAAUCCAGGCUCUUCGGAUGAUGAUCUGAUGCAGCAAUGGAACGUGCUCUGGAUGAAAUUCCAGUAUUCCUUGUCGACUUUUCUUAAACAGUACAUUUUGCUUCAAGUCAGCACCAAUCUUUUUAUAAUCAACAUUAAUUACAAUUUAGUACAAUUUACUAAACAUAACGAGGAAAUUUAUUGGUUGUUUUUUGACGUAAAGAAAACAAAUUAGUGGUAAAUAGCUGUGAAACUGCCAAAUUAGACGACUUUUUAGUUCUUGAACUUGAGCAUUGUAACAUACUCCUUCGUGGGCAAUCUGAUUAGCUUUCAGCCGUGUGAUUCACUCAGGAAUCACACUAGCUUUUUUUUCUUUUUUUCGUUGUGAAUUAGAUUGGAAAACUAGAAAGUUAAAAAAAUCAAAUUUGUAGGUUUUUCAAAGUUAAACAUUAAAAUUGUAGGGAAAUUAACACCAGGACUUUAACAUGGUCGUAUUAAAGCUAGUGGCGAUUGAACUUAGUGUUGUGCAAGUUUGGUAUAAAAUUGUACAUGUGAUUUCAAAUCGAACUCGCGCUAUUUGAUGUUUUAAUUCUAUGUUAUAAAUGAUAUGUUGUACUAUAGUUUUUAAGCAAAAGGUGCAAUAAAAAUUGUGUCUAUCCACGAUUAUACACGCGUUUUAAUUGUUUUUACAAAUGAUCUAUUGGAGGACACACGCAUAGGUGACGUCAUCAUUAGCAGCAUUUUGACGUCAUCUUUGAUCUGUUACUUGACAGAAGACCUCAUCUAAGAUUUAUGUUAUUU